AUGCUCUCCCCUGCUAGAAUCUCGGCAGGGUCACCAGACCCCUGCAUGCAGAUCAUGCAGACAAUGCCAGGGACAAGCCUUCUGGAGACUGCUGCAGCGAGCCAUCAACAGACAUCUAGCAGGGACGCACCAUGGCGAUGCUCCGACACGGCCCCGCAGGCGGUGUGCGCUGCGGACAUCAACAACGCCGCAGACACGUUGUCAGCCUUGUCAGGCUUCCAACAUCGCCAACUGGCCACCUCUGCCAUCACGGCGGAUGUCCAGAAUGUCCGCAGCCCAGCAGCACCAGGAUGUCGAAUCACACGCACUGUUUCCAGUUCCCAGGCUUCAUAG